GCCAUCCCUCAUCUCUCAUAUACGGCGACAGUACGACAAGGCCGGGAAGAGGUCUUUGAGGACUAUCUUGGGGACUCGUUGCAGACAACCUAUUUGAUCAUCGAUGCUCUCGAUGAAUGUACUACGGGUUUAGAUCGACUUCUUGAACUUGUCGCCCAACAGUCAUCAGCAUGUCGAAAUGCCAAAUGGAUCGUCUCGAGCCGGAACUGGCCAGCCAUUGAAGAAACUCUUGACGCUGCGACCCAGAAAACAAAGCUAUGGCUUGAAUUGAAUGAGGCGUCCGUUACUGAGGCCGUCGCCUUCUUUAUCCGCUAUAAGGUCCAGAAAUUGACGGAAAAGAAGAAAUUUGACAAUGAAACCCGUGAUGCUGUUUUCCAGUAUUUAUUGUCAAACGCACAUGGUACCUUCCUCUGGGUAGCUUUGGUUUGCGAGAAACUCACCAAGGUCUCGAAAAGAAACAUUCGGAAGACGUUAAAAGAAUUCCCCUCUGGUCUUGAUGAGCUUUAUAAGCGAAUGUUGAAUCAAAUCAAACGAAUCAGAUGA